UGAUCCAGGAACGUUUCCCACUCAAGUAAAUUGUGUUACCCAAACCCUUAUUUUUAAACAUGUUAGGAAAUACUACUGAAAUACUGUGGUUUUUUUUCCAUUCAGGGUUUGUUUGCUGUAGGAAACUUCCAACCGAGCAAGGAGAAACAAUCAAGUCAUCUUCACAUUCGCGAUUCUCAUCGAACUAUGGCUGACCUUUGCCAGCAAGGUCACCACCUACCAGCCAAGAGCUGCAGCGAUGGCCUCUCAUCUUCCUGCUCUGAGGGCAUCUUGCAUCGCAGCACCCAACACCACCAGGCUGGAUCUCUUAGCAGCUUGAAAAGACCAAGUGGAGAUGUGGAGGUCAUCACCCGCAGUCCUCCACACAAAGAGAACAUGGUGACCUUCAACACCUUGCCAAGAGUGCAUACGCCUGCCAUGGAUGAAUCUGCUUUCCGCAAUGCCACCAUCCACACCUCCUCUGUAGACUCCAGUCGAUCGAAGCAGCUGCUGAUGCAAUGGAAGAGUAAGAAUGAAAACCAUAAACACUCCCUGCAUGCCAUGGAAGGCGGACCAGGACAGUCCCCUCCAAACAGCAUGGAUGUCCGUUGCAAUUCUGAACCCUCAGCUGUUGGAAUCAAUGGCGAACAUCAAGGACCUGGAACCCCAUACCUAAAAAUGGCAACUGGAAGUUCAACACUACCUAACAACCCCAGUGGAAUUGCUGGUGGUACUCGGAUACCCAUGCAGUCUAGGCCUGGUUCCUCACAGCUGGUGCACAUCCCAGAGGAGACACAGGAGAACAUGGGUGGUUUGCCAAAUACCAGUAACGCCCGUGACAAAUGGCUUAAAAGCAUGGAGAGGACUGGGGAGAAGGGUGGGGAGGUACCGGUGGUUAGGACUAACUCCAAUGGCCAGCCGCGCAUUAUGCAGGUCAUUGCAAUGUCCAAGCAGCAAGGUCUCCUGCAGGGGAGCUCUCCCAGUUCUGAGAGCAGCAGCCACACAAGCUCCACUGCUCCUCUGCAGCGCUACAAGAGCCUAACUGAGGAGUCUGGAGGUCAAGGCAGCACUGGAGCCAUCAUUCGGGUGGAAGCCCAUCCGGAGAACGGCCGACCCCUGGUGCACGCGCACUCCACGGAUGGAAGUGGCUCCUGGACGUGGAAGUCCCAAAGCAGCUUCAGGCAGUCAUUUGAGCUCAAUGACUUGAAUCGAGACUCUGAGAGUUCAGAAUCCGUGAGGGAUGGGAACAGUUCUACAGAUAGGAAGAAAAAUGGCCCCAAUGCUCCUAAAGUCGUCGCAGUGCCAACUGUCCCUGCUUUAUCUGCAACAGCUAGUGACCACCAUCCCAACCAGACCAUUUCCACCAUUCGGGUCACUCCCAUGGAAAUGACUGAAUCUGGUCCUGAGAGUCGCGAUUCGAGCUUGCGCAGAAAAACUAGGAUCCUUAUUCCUGAAAGAGGAAACAGUCCAGACAAUACCAGGAAUAUUUUUUACAAGGGAACAUCCACCACCCCAGUUUUCAAAGAGUAAUCAGUAAUUAUCUUGACACAAACAGAAAAAAUGAAAUAACCAGAAGACGUUUGGUGUUGUGUAGACACAUGUGCUAGAUUUUACACAUCUUCAAUGGCAUCACCUGUUAUGCAUGAGACGAUUCACUGAUGAUUCACAAUAUGGCAGCAACAAAAGCACAAAAUCCAGGUUUGGUCAGAACUUUGUUUACUUUUGCGAUAACAACAUUGUAAACAAAUGACAGUAUAUCAUAAGGAAACAGUCUUACCUUUAGUGAAACACUGUGAAGCUGGAACUGUGACUGUGCCAAGAUUGAACUGCAACACUGUAUUAAAGUAUUUAACAUCUCAGAUAUCUUAAAAGAUUUUCCAUAUAGUCAUACUUUCACUGAUAACUAUGCUAGCUGAAACUCUUAUUUUUGUAUUCUGUAUAUAACUUUUAAACUUGGUGCUGGCCAAUUCUGAGAACGAUAUGUAAAAACAAAAAGUUAAGAAAAAAAUGUGCAGUGCACUCUUCGGAAAGCUGUCAUUUGAAAUUUCUUAUGACCAUAAGUGCUUAGAAAAUUCUCUGUAGCAAAUGAUAGUCAUAAAACGACAUGCACUUCACGUUUACUACUUGCAAUACAAAUACUUUACAUACUGUAUGUACUGUAUCUGUAGAAAUUUGCACGUAAAAAUACACAUUUGUGUAUAUUUUAUUAGACACAUAAUAUUGUAUAUAUCAGUGUCUAUCCAAAAGAGAGAAAAAAAAGAAUACAUUUUACGUACAAAUACCAAUGAAUAGCCUAUUAAUGAGAUUUAUUACUUCCAUUUAAAACUACUAUUGUGAGAAAACACAUUAUUUCACCUAAUAUCAAUCUUCCACUCUUUCCUCAAAUGUAUAUUUGCAUAAAAUAAUUAAUUUUACUUCAAAUAAUUCUGAUUUUAUGUCAUACUUGUUUUAAGGUCAGCAGCAUCAGUAGCAAAAAAAUAUAUUCCACGUUGAUUUUCUAACUGUGGUUAUUCCACUGUGAGCUUUUUAGGCCAAAACUGUCAUAUUAAAUGUUUUUUACUGUAUACACUUGUGUAGCCGAACACUAACAAAAAGAAUUACAAAUUAAAUGGCUUUACUGUUCACAAAGAGAUUUGCAAUGAGCGUGAAGUGGCUCAUUAAAUCUAGUGUCAUAUUCGCUGUUAAAACUACAGCAGUGACAUUUAAUUCCAUGAUAAUUUACUGUGUAACUUUUUAUAAACUGUAAAUUAAUGUGCCAAAGGGUAUUUUAAAGGAAAGAUUCAGUUUUGAAACAUUUCUAUAGAAGUCUGUAUUCUUAUAUACCACAAACUCUUUCAGCACAGCUGUAGCCAGUGCAUGGUAGUUUGAUAUUUCACACUUGUUUUUUGGUUUUCUUUUCGUAAAUUAUGCAUUUGUGUAGCAGCUGAGUAUGUGAUUAUUUAUACUGAAUAUAAAUGACUUGUCGACAAUCUUUAUAGAUAAAGUCACACCAGAAUACACCGUAUGUUAUCUCUAACAUGUCAAGAGAUUGUUUGGAUACCCGUUAAUGUGCGCUAACGAUUUUAGAAAUGCAUUAAGCAUGCUGAUAGCAGUUUGUGUUUUCUGAGGAACAUUUUUCUCUGUAGCGCUCUGUGUGACUGUCAUCGACACAGUGACGUGAGGUUCGGUCUGGAUAGGAAUGAAUCCAGUCGAACCUGUUGCGGUGAUGUUACGUGUUAAUGUUGCAGCGACCGGACAGAAAAAUAACGUCAAACUUCGUUAAUGUAUGUCACCUUUGAGAAUACAAACAGUUUGUUUCUAUCGUUACAUGGUUCUGUUUUACUCCAGUAAGAGGGUAGAUGAAGAAAAACUGUGCUGUAUCAGUGUUUGAAUAAACAUUUGCCAUUUA